CAGAGAAGCUCAGAUCAACCCAGAAACCUCCAGCUACAACACUGAAACCGACCUCCUCACCCUCCACCAUGAAGGUCUCUUCAGUGUUUCUGUGCCUGCUCCUCACAGCUGCUACCAUCAGCACCCAUGUGCUUGCUCAACCAGAUUCAGUGUUCACUCCUGAUGACUGCUGCUUUCGUAUGUACCCAAAACGUUUCUCCAUCCAGAGGCUGAAGAGCUACACAAGAGUUACCAGCAUCAACUGUCCCCAGGAAGCUGUGAUCUUCAAGACCAAACUGGAUAAAAAAGUCUGUGCUGACCCCAAGGAGAAGUGGGUCAAGGAUUGCAUCAAGCGCCUGGACCAAAAGUCCCGAACUUUGAAACCUUGAAUUUUCACACCUGGACAGAAGGAGUCGGAGCUUGAGAAAAUCUUAUUUAUUUUCCCCUAGUGGGACAGUAUCUUCUCAUAAUGUCCAAAAGGUGCAACUUAUUUAAUAAUUUAAAACACAUUUCUUAAAUAAUGUUUAAUUAUCCUUAAGUUAUUGGUGUUUUACGUUAUCUGCCAAAUAAUAUGAAUAUAAA